AUGUUCUCCGAAAAGACGCCACGAGCCAGCUCCGUCGAACGGAGCGGUCCGCCUUCACUGGGGGAGCCUAACCUCAAGGCCGAUCUCGAGGUCGCCGACGAUGCUGGUCUUCAGCGACACCUGCGAGCACGCCACUUGCAGUUCAUCGCAAUAGGCGGCACCGUCGGCACAGGCCUCUUCCUCGGCACCUCAUCCGCCCUCUCCGAAGCCGGCCCCGUCGGCGCCCUCAUCGCCUUCAUUUUCAUCGGCACCGUCGUCUACUCCGUCAUGACCUCCCUCGGCGAGAUGGCCACCUACAUCCCCGUCGCCGGCUCCUUCACCGCCUACGCCACCCGCUUCGCCCACCCCUCCUUCGGCUUCGCCAUGGGCUGGACCUACUGGUUCUCCUGGUCCGUUACCUACGCCCUCGAACUGGUCGCCGCCGGCCUCAUCAUCCAGUACUGGGACUCCGGCCUCAACGUCGGCAUCUUCAUCGCCGUCUUCUGGGUCGUCUUCACCGCCCUCAACUUCCUGCCCGUGCGCUGGUUCGGCGAGAUCGAGAUGUGGUUCUCCAUGAUCAAGGUCGUCACCAUCGUCGGCUGGCUCAUCUUCGCCGUCUGCAUCAACGCCGGCGUUGGUGACGAGGGCUACCUCGGCUUCAAGUACUGGGAGUCUCCCGGCCCCUUCGUCGAGCACAUCGUCCCCGGGUCCGUCGGCAAGUUCGUCGGCUUCUGGGCCACCCUCGUCAUCGCCGGCUUCAGCUUCCAGGGCGCCGAGCUCGUCGGCAUCGGCGCCGGCGAGGCCCACGACCCCCGUCGCAGCGUACCGCGCGCCAUCCGCAACACCUUCUGGGGCAUCUUCGUCCUCUUCGUCGCCACCGUCUUCUUCAUCGGCACCCUCGUGCCCUCCAACGACCCCGCCCUGCUGAACGAGAGCAAGAACGCCAACGCCUCGCCGCUCGUCAUCGCCGCCAAGCGCGCCGGCGUCGACAUCCUCCCCGACAUCAUCAACGCCGUCCUCCUCACCGCCGUGCUCUCGGCCGCUAAUUCCAACGUCUACUCGGGCAGCCGCGUCCUCAUCGCCCUCGCCGAGGGCGGCGUCGCCCCCAAGUUCCUCACCAAGACCAACAGCCACGGCACCCCCUAUUACGCCGUCGGCAUCACCGCCUCGAUCGGUCUGCUGGCCUUCCUCAACCUGAGCGCCGAUGGCGGCAAGGUCUUCGACUGGCUCCUGAACAUCAUCGCCGUCGCCGGUUUCGUUACCUGGAGCGGCAUCUGUGUGUGCCACCUUCGCUUCAUGGCCGCCCUCAGGGCCCAGGGCAUCGACCGGAGCACUCUGCCCUAUACCGCGCCGCUACAGCCUUACCUUGCGUGGUACGGGCUCUUCUUCACCUUCCUCAUCCUGUUGACCAACGGCUUCACCGUGUUUAUCGAUUGGGACACGAGCAGCUUUUUCGCCAGUUAUGUUUCCCUCGUGCUAUUUGUCGUGCUCUUCGUCGGCCAUAAGCUCAUUACCAAGAGCCAUCACGUUAGGCUGGUUGACGUUGACCUCGUCAAGGGAAGGAUCGAGUUGUAA